AUGAUGUACGAUUUGCGGUAUUGCGUACUCCACUAUAUAAGUCUCCAACUCUCCUUCUUUCCUCAUAACUCCACUUCUUCACAAAAGAAAAAGCCGCCGCCGAGUUAUUGUCGUCGCCGCCAAGUCAUAGUUGCCGGCAAGCUUCGCCGUCGACGUCCUAACGCUGACUCCCUUCCUGCCGUCGUCUCUGGGCUGUUAGAUCCAUUGGUGGGUCAAGAUUUCCUCUCGUUCAGUCGUGCUCUGCGCCGUCCCCUUGGCAGUAGUCGGCCCUGCUUCCGUCUCAUGGUACUUGGUGCCAAGGCUUCUCCAGAUGCUGCCGAGGUCAUCGUCGAGGUCUCGAGGUCGGUUUUGCCGAGGUCUCGAGGUCAGUUUUGUCCUAGCGCCGAGGUCUCGAAGUCGACUUUGUUUUAG